GACCUCGGCCUCGACCAUUCGGGACGGGAGUCGACCACUGACUGAGGUUGUACUGUUUUGAAUAACUUAAAAUCAACUUUUUAAAUCUAUUGAAUUAGCUCAACCUCAACUAUAAGAAUGGCUGAACAAAAUUCACCUGAGCCACCAGAAUUCAUCCAGUUUCUAUUCUCGGAUAAACCAAAGUUUGAUUGUUUUUUCAUUGUUGGAGAAAAGAGUUUGGUCAAACCUGAGAGGAUUGGAGCAGUGAAGCUAAUGUUAAUGGCUCACAGUCCAGUGUUCAGGUUAGAACUGGAGGAUAGUGGCCUGAAAGAGAAGAAUGAUGUUGCCUUAAAAGACAUGUACCCUGACACCUUCAGAAACGUACUCAAGUAUAUGUACGGGUAUGAUAUCAUUGGAGAUUUGGAAUUUAAUGAGGCGGACAACAUGUUCUAUGUUGCCGAGAAGUAUAUGAUGCCCAGACUGAAGAAUAAGUUGGCUCUGAGGUUGACGACACUUCUGACCCCAGAAAACGUCUGCUCUCUGUUGAAUAACCCAGCUUGUCGAGAUCAACUUCAGCUCAACUCUCACAUCACUCAGAUCCUGCGAUAUGAGACAGACAAAGUGCUGGCAAGUCCACAGUUCUUGGAUGUCUGUGCAGAAGGAUUCAUCACAAUGUUGGAGCAGGAUGGACUCGCAGUUGCUGAGAUUGAGCUGUGGAGAGCUGCUGUAAAGUGGGCCAAACACAAAGUUAACAGUGAAGAUGGGCAAGUGUUGAGACAACAGCUUUCUGGAAUCUCAGAACAUUUGAGGAUUUGCACUUUAAAUGCUGAACAGUUCUGUAAAGAAGUGGCUCCUACAAAAAUACUCAACAACAACGAACUGAUACUUGUGGCACAAUCUAUUGGAAAUACGGAAAAGAUAGAAGAAACAAUCAUAUUCAACAAUGAGUUGGAACCAAGGAAAAGAUUGUUCAAUGAUAUAAGACUAUGCAAACUAUCUAAGUCUGCCUCUUGUCUACAGGAACUCAAACUGACCAACCCUUCAGGACAAUCGUCUGCUCGUGUAACUAACUUUGACAUUCUCACCAAACAGUGUGCUGUAGAGUUGUUGCCAUUGGUUUGUAUGGGACAAAAACGAGACAUAAUGUAUCCUCAAGGCUGGACAUAUCCUGUCAAGGGGAGAGUCACAGUAUACAAGUUUGCAGCUUCUAAUAAUUGGUCUAACCCUCUUGCUGAGCUCACUUUCCACAAGGAAGUAGAGUAUGGGCAAACAUUUAAUGUUCCAUUCACUGAUGAUGGGUAUAAUGUGGUUUUGUUACCACACAGUAAGUAUCAUAUUAAUGUAGAAUUGGAGCAACACGUUCUAUUCUUUAAGUUUGAAAGUGGUUCAAUCUAUGAGAAUGAACAUUUGGUGUUGCAACGCAACAGUACUCAUUUCUGUUCAAAAAGCCUCUGCUAUAGACUGGAAGAUAAUUGAGGAUUGACAAUGUUCUCAGUGAUGUACUUAACUCAGAAGUCACUUUCCUGCAUCAAACAUUCCAAUGACUUAUUAUAUUUUUACGAUAUUGUACAAGGGUAAAUGUGUAAUUAAAUGCUUUGCCUUUUCA